UGGGCUCAUUACGCGGCGUGGGCGUGACGCUCUGACGCGCCGCUCCGGAUAAUAAAGACGCGCGUGAGUGUGAGAGACAGCACACACUGUGGCUGUCACUGACUGAACACACACCACUGGAUCACCGCAACAUUAAAGCACAGCAUUAAUAUGGCUCUGGACAUCGGCACCUGGGAUCUGGCGUGUCAGUUCAAUAACACUGAUCACCACACGGAGCUGAACGGCACUGACCGGCUGAUCGUACGGAGAGGACAGGCCUUCACCGUCAGCCUGUACCUGAACUCCGGCUCUUACCAGCCCGGAUACAGCCAGCUGCACAUCACUGCAGAGACGGGCCCUCAGCCGGAGGAGCAGUAUGGCACCAGGGCCGUGUUUGGUCUCAGUAAUGAGAUCAACGACACGUGCUGGAGUGCGGCGGUGAGCAGUCCGCCCGGAGACACUGUUUGUCUUUCUGUCUGCGCCGCUCCUGACGCUCCCAUCGGCCGGUACGUCCUGACUCUAGAUGGGCGCAUCCAGUUCGACUUCAUACUGCUCUUCAAUCCCUGGUGCCCAAGAGAUGUGGUCUACAUGGACAGCGAGGAGAAACUGGCCGAGUACGUUCUGGCCCAGGAUGGGAUCAUCUUCAGGGGCGACGCCGAAUACCCAGUCCCUUUGGCCUGGUAUUUUGGACAGUUCGAGGAGGGCAUACUGGAUGCUUGUUUGAGAAUCCUGGACAUAAACCCUAAACACAGAAGGAACCCUGGGAAGGACUGUUCUGGACGCAGAAACGUCAUUUAUGUCACAAGAGUGCUGAGUGCUAUGAUCAACAGCAAUGACCGGGACUACGGCGUGCUGGAGGGCUGCUGGAAGGACACGUUUGACGGCGGCGUGAGCCCCAUGUCCUGGAGAGGAAGCGUUCAGAUCCUGAGGACGUGGAACAGCACUUCCUGUCUGCCGGUGCGCUACGGCCAGUGCUGGGUCUUUGCAGCCGUUGCCUGUUCAGUGUCUCGCGCUCUGGGAAUCCCAUGCAGGGUGAUAACAAACUACUAUUCUGCCCAUGAUACCAACAGCAACCUUGUUAUCGAGCGCUAUGUCAACGAGAAAGGUGAAACAGACAACAGCACCACCAGAGAUAUGAUAUGGAACUACCACUGCUGGGUCGAGAGCUGGAUGACGCGACCCGAUCUCCCGCCGGGUUUUGACGGCUGGCAGGCCAGUGACCCGACGCCACAGGAGAAAAGUGAAGGCGUUUUCUGCUGCGGGCCGGUUCCUGUGCGGGCGAUAAAAGAGGGCGAGCUCACCCUCAAAUACGACGCUUCGUUUGUGUUCGCAGAGGUGAACGCAGACUUGGUGUACACCCUGAAAUAUAAAGAUGGGAGCACAAGGAAAAUCGUGAAUGACCAAAAAGUAGGGCAGAAGAUCAGCACCAAGAGCGUAGGCCGAGAUGAGAGAGAAGACAUCACACACCUGUACAAAUAUCCUGAAGGUUCUGCGGAGGAGAGGCAGGUUUUCGAGAAGGCAAACCACCAGAACAAGCUGCUUCAGCAGAAAGGCAACCCUGGGCUGCACAUCACCAUCAAGCUGUCGCUGGGCAUCAGGAAGGGCUGUGACUUUGACGUGUUUGCAAUAGUGAGUAAUAACACCGAGGAGAAUAAGAAGUGCCGUCUGGUGUUUGCGUCACGCGCCGUGUCGUAUAACGGCGUCAUCGGCCGCGAGUGCGGCUUCAAGGACCUGCUGAAUGUGGAACUGUCACCUGGAGGAGAGAGGAAGGUUCCUCUGAAGCUGAACUACAGUAAAUACUGUAAUAAUCUAACGGAGGACAAUCUCAUCCGUCUGGGCGCUCUGCUGAUCGACUACAGCACGAAGGAAGCCGUCAUGGCCAUGCGUGACGUUGUGCUGGAUGACCCCGAGAUCAAAAUCAGGAUUCUGGGAGAACCCAAAGAGAAGCGUAAGCUGGCGGCGGAGCUCACCCUACAGAACCCGCUGCCAGAGCCCUUACAAGGCUGCUGCUUCACCAUCGAGGGCGCAAACCUCACCGGCAGCAGCUGCAUCACAGAGAAACUGGAGUCGCCCAUUGAACCCGGGCAGGAGGCCAAAGUCAAAAUCUACUUCACUCCCACUCAGUCGGGCCUGCGCAAACUCGUGGUGGAUUUUGACAGCGACAAGCUGGGCCACGUUAGAGGAUACAAGAACGUUAUCAUCGGGAAAUGAGAGAAUGGAAUGCGAAUCAUCUAUUUUUUUUCCAUGUACUUGUCAGUAUUCACAGAGUAUUACGUUAUCUUUUAUAUACUGUAUUUUUCUAAGAAUGUGAAAAUCCAAGCUGGGCUUCUGCAGCAGUAUAUACUGUACAUGCACGCUAUGUUUUCAAGCACAGUACGCAAUAAGAAAAUUGAAAAGAAGACAUCUUUUCAGUUUUAGGACAUUGAAACAUGCACAUUCCUGGAUGUUUGGAGCCACAUUGCACUGUGGGAAAUAUCAUGUUGUAAAAACACAAGAAUGAAAAGGAUGCAUGGAAGAGAUGGCGAUUUAAUGAGGUUUUUGGAAAAGGGAGUAAAUGUUUUCUAUGUUUUUGCUUCAUAUAUCUUUAUAUUCAGCUGUGACUUUUUCAUUAAAAAUCAUUUAUGCUACGAUCUUGAA